AAUUAUUAAUCGCUAUCAUAUCUAAUCAAGUCGACGGAGUGUACGGCCGUAGAUAAAUUUUCUACACAAACUUUAAAACAUUAUUCAUUGCAGGACGUUGGGAUGCAUUCAAUAAUUUUUGCAUUCAUAGGACGAAAGCUAACAAAGGAGGCACAACCUGGCGUCUGAGAUCAACUGUUUAUGCCACGAUAAAUUAUUACCUAGCGCGCAUGAAAACUUAGGUUCCAGCUCACCAAAUCGAUAAAAUAGGCCUGAGAACUUAAACAUGAUGGCGCGUCAUAUUAAGAAAGAAGAAAUUAAAUAUCCUGAUAUUAAGAAAUGUGGUGAAAUAACCACUUUGCUGGUCAUAGGAAGGAAAGAGUUCUUUCUGAAUUGCGAAUUUUGUGAAAAUAAAUUCCUCCAUUUGGAAACAUUUAUACAGCAUAUGUACGAUGACCAUCUGAAUGAAUUUCAACCACUGAAAUUUGAAGAUAUGAAUUGCAGCGCAAAAAUAGAAAGCGAUGAGGGUGCUCAAUGUAACUUUAGAGACUUUGAAAGAGUUGAACUAGAAUUGGACUCGGUCGAGACAAACAACGAACUUGCUAAAUGUGAAGAAGUAACACCAGAAAGCAAUAUGGAUGAUUAUAUUUAUGAUAUAAAUAGUUGUGACGGAUCCAUUGACACGGAACCCUCAGUUAAAAGUUCUGGCGAGGUUGAUAGCUCAGUUUUUGUUGCUGAUAAGCAGCCGGCCGAUUUGAAAAAGAUGUUCCCUGUUAAUAAGAUGCAGGCCAUAUUUUCGAGUUAUAUGGAGUAUCCUGCGCUCUGGGAUAAAAAGGGAGGAAUUACUAAAAAUAGGAGUGAGAAACAGCGGUUAUUCCAGAGAAUAGCCUCAGAUGUAGGCAUGCCAAAUGAAUGGAAAAACAUUCAAUUGCUACUUGGAAAACUGCGCGUUAAACUGCAAACAGAGAUUAUAAAAAAAAAAAUGGAUGAGUCGAAAGGUCGAUUAUAUACUCCCACUUGGUAUACAGAUCUGCCUUUCUUUUUGAAACAAAGGCCAAGUACAUCAAAUCCGAACAAUCGGGAAACAGCUAAGAUAUUCAUUCCGCUUUCCACUUUAAUUACUGACGAGCAAAUAGCGAUUUUAGCUGAACUGUACAAAGGAUUUCCAUGCCUUUGGGAUGAAAAGGACAUUAAGUAUAGGUUUGGAAACCGUCGCCAGGAAGCAUUAGAAGUUGUACGAAAAGAAUUCAAUACAAGAUCGGGAUUGAAUCUAACACAACAAGAUUUGAAGAGUGAAAUUGGAAAGAUGCGAAAAAUUUGUUCCAAAGAAAAGAGGCAAAAGUUAACAUGUAAAAAAUUAAACACGGUGUACAUAUCGACAUGUCCUUUUUAUGAUCAAAUUGCAUUUCUCGAAGUCGACGUUCCGCCAUUUGAGUGCUCAAUAUGUGGAACAUUACUGUCUGGUAUAGGUCAGUAUAAAGUGCAUUUAGCUUCUCAUGAUGGCUCACUGCCAUAUAAAUGCCAUCUCUGUGACCAUGAAUUUAGAUUACCCACAAACUUAACAAUACAUUUACGAAGACAUGUACAUGACUACACCUAUACCUGUGAGAUAUGCGACAAAUCAUUUGCUACUUCUACAGAUCUAAAAAUUCACACACGUUCACACACAGGCGAAAAACCAUACUUUUGUGAGAUAUGUGGGAAGAAAUACCAAACUGCAUCACUAUUUAGUACUCAUAUGCAGCGUCACGAGAAUCGGCCCCGUCACAAGUGUGAAAUGUGUGGGAAGCCUUUCUAUACAAGAACAAUGUUAAAGGAGCACAUAAAUGCACAUUUGAAAAUAAAAGACAAAAUUUGCAAUAUAUGUAACAAAGGUUUUUCAAGUCGCAAGCAUCUACGCCAACAUAAACAAAUCCAUGCAGCAAAAAAGAAAUAUUUAUGUAAAAUUUGUGAUAAACGUUUUGCACAAUAUGCCGGUCUUAGUGGGCAUAUGAAAUCGCAUGGAACCACAUUGACAGCAACCCAAGUAUGAAUAAAUAAUUAUUAUUUUUUGCAAAGCAACAAAAACUUUUUGUUUAUUGAGGGGUUUGCAGUUAGGGCGGGAGUUCCAUCAGGAUUUUUCUUAUAUCCGGAUGAGCGAAUAUGCGAUUCUCGACAGAAACACCCUGGGAGUUUUUUCUUUUCUCCUAUCAUGAGUG